AGUUGCAGUUGUAAAAGCAGGCGCUUGUCGCAUCAGCCUGGAUCUCUUGAUCUCAGGCCUGGAACCUCUUAUCAUUAGAACAUCACAUCUCCCAGUCAGUUAGCUGGUCAUACACUGUACAUGUGUUUAAUAUGCUUCAGGUUUUUCUGCCCUCCUCCUUGUGUUUACCUUGUGGGAGAGGGUUGGCAGUAUCGGCAGGCACUGAUGCCUCAAGCACCAGAUGAUGAAGUGAUGCAUCAGCCAGUGGCUUUUAUUGGUAUUGGAAGCAAGAAUGAACAGGAAAUGCAGCAACUCAUUAUUGAAGAUAAGGUGAGUUGCUAUGCUUACAAACUAUGGUGUCAGCUGAGGUACAUGUACAAACAGAAUCCAAAUGUUGAUCACGUGAUUAUUCCACAGGUCGCCUUUUAUAUGAAAGAAACAGAACGAAUGUAUCUUUGCUUAUCUCAGGAGAGAAUUAUACAGUUCCAGGCUACACCAUGCCCGAAAGAGCAAAAUAAAGAGAUGAUUAACGAUGGAGCUUCUUGGACAAUCAUUAGCACAGAUAAAUCAGAAUACAGCUUUUACGAGGGAAACGGUCCUGUUAGGUCGCCCAUCACUCCUGUUCCAAUAGUGAACAAUUUGCAGUUGAACGGUGGUGGAGAUGUAGCCAUGUUGGAACUCACAGGGGAACAUUUCACAGCCAAUCUGAAGGUUUGGUUUGGAGAUGUGGAGGCAGAAACCAUGUACAGAUGUGGAGAGAGCCUGUUAUGUGUAGUCCCAGACAUAUCGGCCAUUCGUGGUGGUUGGCGGUUUGUUCGUCAGCCCACAGAAGUGGCCGUCAGCCUGGUUCGCUCCGAUGGAGUUAUUUAUCCUACAGGGUUAACAUUCACUUACACGCCAGAGCCGGUGGAGAGACCCACUUCAUCGAUAUCAGAGACAGUGCUGCGAGCCGACAUUUAGAAGCACCAAACAAAGAGAAACUUUAUUUUUCAUCAAGAGUAUUAUUCACAUUAUGCGAUUUACGAUAUACGAUACUCCUGUUUGGAGUCGAUGGACGAAUCUAUAACACUAUUAAGCCGCAAGCAGUGCUAAUUCCUAUUUGCAACUAGCCCCGUUAAUUUGGGAGUUUCAAAGAAGCUAUUUUUCUUCUCUUCCAUACCAUGACGCCUAAACAACACAAUCUCUUGCAACAACUUCCUGGGAGUUGUUCUCGAAGUUUAGCUCUGUUAAAUUGAACAAGACGCAGAUCUCUUCUGCACUUCCUCGAACAAAAUUGCGUUGCGAAGCUACAGCUAAAUUAGUCACCUUCUGAUGUAAAAAUUUUAAAUCCAGCGAAAGCUAACAUCAUUUAGUUCACGUUUUUAUAUUAUAAUUUAUUUUUAGCCAUCAAGUGUAAAGUUUCUUGACUCGCAGUCUGUAUCAAAAGCCAUGUAUCUCAAGUGUACAGCAUAGCGCGCUUCUAUUCAAAGUUUAUGUGACUUAAUUCAGUGGAAUAUGACCAUUUGAAUGUAUACUAUUCCAGGAUACCACGUAGCAACGAAAAGUACAACUAAUAAAAAUGUUUAUUGAUAUUUAAA